AUGCCAAGCAAUGCUGUUUCGCUUGAACGGUUGUCAAUCUUCACGUAUCUAGGAUUCACCUGGAACUCUUACGAACAAAUCUUCACAGAUGUAGAAUGCUAUGAGCCGCAAAAGUCGUUCGUCCACAAAGCUCUGCUCAGAUGUGUGCCGGCUGUUAUGGCUGCGAUGUCCGGAAAGCUGAAGCGACCGCCACGGGAAGAUCCCGAGGCAUUUGCCGCAUGGUGUGAGGGAGUGUUGGCCCUUGAAAAAGCUGCAGAAGAGGAGGAGACAACAGAAUUGCUGUUGUCUUGUUCUCAAGCAGAGCUGCAGUCCAGAGGGCUGGCAAUUCUCAAGCUGCGUGUGACCGAGCAAUCUACGGCUCUGUACGGACGUGCAUGUCUGACGCUGGAGCGGGCUGCAGGGGACUUGAAUUCGCACAAGAUUAGCCACGGGGACAUUGUUGGGAUCUUCGAUCAGGGAAGUCGGCCGCUUUCCAAAGCCGUGCCUUUGGCAUCAGCUGUGGCCACCCGUAUACGGCCGGAAACCAUACAGCUGGCCUUUGAUGGAGACAUUCCUGUUGACGUUUUGGACGGACGACUCUUGAAUCUCGCGCUGGUCUCCUCGGACGUGACCCUCAAGCGCUACAAAGAGGCCUUAGACAUGCUGAAGGGUGGAAGAGCGCGCAGCAGUCCGGCCUCUGCCCUGGUGGGUGUCUGCUUCGGCGAUGCGAAGCCCCGCUUCUACGAGGCAAAGUCGGAGGACAAUUGUGCGCGCACCGACGCAAUCGAUUGCACAUUUCUGGCCAGUGCCACCGGCAAUUUGAACGAACCGCAACAAACAGCUGUAAUCAAGGCUCUGCGUGCCGCUGAUGUGGCUGUGAUUCAUGGCCCACCUGGGACAGGCAAGACCACGACCCUCGUGUCUUACAUUCUGGAAGCCGUCUACCGCAAGCAGCGGUUGCUGGUGACUGCCCCCUCAAAUGUCGCGGUCGACAAUCUGCUGGAGCGUCUUGCCGACGCGGGCUGCCGAUCCUUGGUGCGCUUGGGGCAUCCAGCAAGGGUUCAGGAGAAUAUUCAGCAGUUCACCAUGGACAAUGUUGUGUACGCUUCCGACCAGGCCGAACUGUGCCGCGACAUCAAAAAGGAGAUCGACCAGAUCUUGGGCAAGGUAAGGAGCAAGAAGCCACAGACACCAAGCAAGCCCUUUGGCAACCUCAAGGAGCUGUGGCAAUCUUUCGCAAUCUUUCACAGGCAGCUUGACCGAGAACUGGGAAUCUCAAGUGCCAAAUCUGCUUGCAAGCUCUGCGCCUUGUUGCCCUUGCAAGUCGUUUUCGCCACGUGCACCGGCGCAGCAGUCCUUCACCGAGAGAUCAGGCGUGGGCUUGGGUCAGCUGCAUCUUUAGAGUUUGAUGUCGUGGUUAUCGAUGAGGCGGCGCAAGCGCUGGAGGUGGCCUGCUGGAUCCCUCUGCUCCUGGGCAAGAAGGCGGUGCUGGCGGGGGACCACCAGCAGCUGGCGGCCUGUGUGAAGUCGACGGAAGCCCAGCAGCAGGGUCUGGAUGAGACGCUCUUCGGCCGGCUGAUCGACCGCUUCGGCGACGAUGUGGCUUCUCUCCUGUCCAUCCAAUAUCGAUCCAACGAGAAGAUCAUGGGCUGGUCGUCCCAGUCCUUCUAUAGCUCGCGUCUCGAAGCCGCGCCAUCCGUGGCCAGCCAGACCCUGAGUCUGCAGGAGGUUCCUUCCAUGAACAUCAGUGCAGAGAUCCUGGAAAUGGUCACUUCGCCCAUGCUGUUCGUUGACACUGCCGGGCUAAGCAUGUACCGAGAGGAUGGGGAAGCCUCACGUUCUGACAUCCAGCAGUCGAGAUGCAAUCCCGGAGAGUCUCGCUUUGUUGUGCACUACGCAAAGAUGCUAGUGAGAGCGGGGCUGCGACCUGAGACCUUCACGGUAAUAACACCAUACAGCCGUCAAGUCGAGCAGCUUCGCGCAGACUUCGCGGCGGAUGCGGAUGUUGAGGCUUUGAGAAUAACACCCCGCAUCAACACGGUCGAUUCAUUCCAGGGCCAGGAAGCGGAUGCGGUCCUAAUUUCGCUAGUGCGCUCAAACACGCACGGAGUCGUUGGCUUCUUGUCCGACUAUCGCCGUUUGAACGUGGCAGUCACCAGGGCAAGGAAGCACGUCUUGCUGGUGGGCGAUGCUAGUACAAUCUGUAACGAUGACGUGCUCAGUUCGCUUUACGGCUAUGCCUGCGACCACGGCCGCGUGGCCUUCGUCCAGCAACUGCUGGAUGAGCAAGGUGGGAUCCCAGCAGAUCCUAGCACCGCUGCUGCCUUGCAAGAAGAACGUCGGCAAGCCCUUGCCAGAACAUCUGACAAGUCAAAGGAGAAAUUGCGAGACAAGGUGCAGGAGGAGGAGAAGCUCCGGCAGCAGUUCCAGAAGCGCCUCCGUCAUGUUUUGGACACUGGUCAGUCACUUCAGCUGCCGGCCAAGCUGAAUCCGUAUGAGCGGGCUAUUGCCCACGAGGUGGCCAAGGAGCUGGGCCUAAUGCACGAGUCCAGAGGCGAAGGCAGCGAGCGUCGCCUCGUGGUGUGGUCCAAAGACGGCCCCGUGCCCAACUUCCCAGAGCCUGUGGCUACCGCUGCUGGCCCUGCCAGUGAAGGCCAAAAAGGUGUCGAUGGCGCCCAUGUCGCAGCUCCGGCACCGGAGGAGGAGACGGCACUGGAGGCCUUCGAACGAAGAGCCCGCGACUUGCUGGCCUCGCUGGGUCCGGGCCAGCCAGCAGAGUGGAAGUCCCCUACAGACGUGGAGGUGGAGGUUCUUCAGCGGCUUGCAGGCGAUCUGCAGCUCGAGGUGUUGGAGGCUGGCAGUGGCAAGAAGCGGCGGCUGCAGCUGAAGGUGUUGUCUGAACCCGCGAAGACCGCCGCAGAGAAGAGCGCGCCGGGCGCGACCCCAAAGCCUGCCGAGUAUGCCCAGGCC